UUCUCUUCUUACUUUUUUUUUUAUUAAGAUCCCUUCUCUGUUUAUCUGGAACAGUUGGUAACUAGCACUGCCCAUAAAAAAUGCUUCUUUUUCCCCCUCCAAAAGUGCAAAGCAGCAUCAACUCUGCUGCUGCUCCACCAUGUCCAGUGAGUCUCCUCCUUGGUGAUAACGAGAGCCUUGGAGGUGAUUCUUAAUUGAGCGCACUCAAACCCACACGAAGAAGAGAGAGAAGCAGGGGAGGUGGGGAGGGUGAAGUGAAGACAGAAUAGAAACUGCUGCCCCCAACCCUUCAUCAAGAAGCCCGGCUCCCACCCCUACCCCCACUGCCUGCCUGCCUGCUGGCCUCCUCUCCUCCUACCCAGUCCCCCACUGCCCACUGCGUGCGACCACCCCGGCAUUAACUGCCCGCAUUGGUGUUUUCUUGGGGUUGUUGGAAUAGGUGUCCAAAAGGGUGCUGCAGCGCUGAGCUCUUUUGGUGGGCGCUCCUGCUUCUGUGUGUGUGUGUGAGAGAGAGAGAGAGCAUUCAUGGCUUGAGCUUUGGAGUUGGUGGUGGUUGUGCGGGGUGCUCUGCUCCUACUUAGGCAGGCGAUUUCCCUUGCGGCUGCGAGAGGAUUUCCCUUGCGGCUGCGAGAGGAGCUAGCUCUCCGGGAUGGCCUCCAUGAAGCUUGGCUCCAAGCCCGACGCCUUCAAAAGGCAAGGGCAGGCAUGGUUCUGCACAACAGGACUUCCCAGCGAUGUUACCGUUGAGGUUGGGGACAUGUCUUUCCACCUUCAUAAGUUCCCUUUACUUUCAAAAAGUGUCUUUCUCGAACGGUUGAUUGAAGAGAGUUCAGACCAAGAAGAAUGUAUCAUCAAACUAAAUGAUAUUCCUGGGGGUGCCAAGUCAUUUGAGCUAGUUGCAAGGUUCUGCUAUGGAGUGAAAAUAGAACUUGCUCCUGCAAAUGUUGUCUACCUACGUUGUGCCUCCGAACAUCUACAAAUGACUGAAGAAGUAGCCGAGAACAACCUGAUUGCACAGUCAGAAAUGUUCCUUAACCAUGUGGUCCUCCGGAACUGGAAAGAUUCUUUGACGGCAUUGGGAACAUGUGAUGACCUCCUUCCUCAUGCUGAAGACCUUCAGAUUGUGAAGAGAUGCAUUGAGUCGUUAGCAUCAAAAGCUACUACUGAUCCAAACCUCUUUGGAUGGCCGAUAAGGGAGCAUGGCAUUAUGCAAAGCCCUGGUGGCAGUGUACUCUGGAAUGGGAUCAGCACGGGUGCAAGGCCCAGAAACUUCAGUGCAGACUGGUGGUAUGAUGAUGCUUCGUCAUUGAGUUUCCCCAUGUACAAGAGGUUAAUUUCUACUAUGGAGUCUCGAGGCAUCCGACCUGAGAUAAUUGCUGGUUCUUUGACGUACUAUGCCAAGAAGUAUCUCCCAGGACUCAAUAGGCGUCAUAGCAUGGGAACAGUGCCUCUUACUGCUACUCUAUCUGAGGUUGAACAGAAAAACUUGCUCGAGGAGAUCGAUAGACUAUUGCCGGUUCAGAAGGGUUUAGCAUCUACAAAAGUUCUGCUUGGGCUUCUUCGCACAGCUAUGAUUCUAAAAGCCAGCCCCACAUGCAUUUCCAACUUAGAGAAACGGAUUGGCAUGCAACUAGACCAGGCCACUCUGGAGGAUCUACUGCUGCCAAAUUUCUCCUACACCAUGGAAACUCUGUAUAAUGUUGAGUGUGUUCACAGGACUCUUGAUCACUUUUUGGCAAUGGACCAGGCUAAUGGCGGUGCCUCACCAUGCCUGGAUGAUGUGAUGGCUUCCCCUUCCUUGACACCAAUCACUACUGUUGCUAAGUUAAUUGACGGGUACCUUGCUGAGAUUGCACCAGAUAUCAAUUUGAAGCUUCCUAAAUUCCAAGCUCUGGCAUCUGCUGUGCCUGAAUAUGCCCGGCCAUUGGAUGAUGGACUUUAUCGUGCCAUUGAUAUAUACUUGAAGGCACAUUCCUGGCUAUCAGAAGCUGAAAGGGAGCAGCUAUGUCGGCUGAUGGACUGCCAGAAGCUCUCCCUUGAAGCAUGCACUCACGCUGCCCAGAACGAGAGGCUGCCACUGCGCGUCGUGGUACAAGUCCUCUUCUUUGAGCAGCUCCAGCUAAGAACCUCGAUUGCCGGUUGCCUGCUCGUCUCCGAAAACCUUGAAGGAUCAAGGCCUCUGCGAAGUGGCAUCGCGACAUCCGGCGAGGCAGGGGGAUGGGCCACAGCCGUCAGGGAGAACCAGGUCCUGAAAGUCGGCAUGGACAACAUGAGAAUGCGCCUGUCUGAGCUCGAGAAGGAGUGCUCAAACAUGAAGCAGGAGAUCGAGAAGCUGGGGCACGGCAAGAGCAGCUGGACCUCCCGUGUCCCCAAGAGGUUCAACCUGAAGAUGAAGUCGCAGAUGUGCAGCGCCCAAGAGGGCUCCGUCACCGAGCAGCAGAAGAGCAUGAGCGCAAAGCUCGACAAGCUGCAAGCGAAGGUGUCAAAGCAGAGGAAGCAGCUGUCAGCAGAUUCCUGAAACUCCAUUCACAGCUUCACUCGUAAUUUCAGCCUGGUGUUAAUUGCUUCUGCUUCUUUUCUUGCCUGUAGCUGUUAGGUUAAAUGUCUGAAGUGCAGUGGUUAAAGUCCCUUCAGGUGAACAUUUCUGAUGCUUGGAUGCUAGUGAGAAUGGAAAUGUUGUAGCUUUUUAACUGAAAAUGUUGUAGCUAAGAACGAGAAUCUGGUGUGCUCCAUUGUUUUGACUGAAAUAGUAGUUGUGAUCAGUUCACAGCUGUAAGAACAAUGUUGCCUACUUCGUUUCUAUGAUCUGUGACAUGUCAGUUGUCGCUGCUAUAUAUUUGUGCACAGAGCAUUGGUCA